AUGACCACAAAUAUUGCUGAAUCGUUUAACGCUUUGGCACGACAUGCACGUAAACUUCCAGUGGUUAUGCUCAUUGAAUUUCUACGUUCGACAUUACAAAAAUGGUUUUAUUGUCGACGCAAUAUGGCAGAUACUUGCACUCAUCCUCUAACUCCAUGGGCUGAAGAAAAGUUAGCUAAUCAUAUUCACAAAUCAGCUAAUAUGAUUGUCAAACCAAUAACCGUUGAUAGAUACGAAGUGUAUAGCAGUGGUAGACCUGUCGCUAUCGUGAAUCUUGCAACAAAAGAAUGCAGCUGCAAAAAAUUUCAGCUUUCACAAAUAGCAUGCGCACAUGUUGCGACAAUUGCCAGAUUUCAAAACCUAUCAAAUUGUUAUCCUUGGGUAAAUAAAUAUUACUCAACUGAAUAUUGGAAAGCCGUCUAUCAGGAGGCUGUUGAACCUUUGGGAGAUCCUUCCGAAUGGGUGCAAACUGAAGAUAUCUGUAUUGUUAAUCCACCACAAAUGCAACAACGACGUUCUGGUCGUCCUUCAUAA